GCGGGACUGAGUGGAGCUUACUGUGCCGGGGAAGAGAUUGACCUUGUACUCGUCAAAGAACUGGAGGUAGAAUGGCGUUCCACACUGGGCUCGUCAAUACCCGGGCGCGAAUCUGCAAGAGUAAAACUCAAGAGUUUAGAAAGUGAACUUUGCUUCACAUUGUCGACACUCGCAUACGUAUAUAGCCUACAAGCGAGAGCGCAGCUACAUACUCUCUACAAUGCGACACUUCCAUCGCCGGAACAACGCGCCACGGCGAUCGCUACUGCAAUGAAGCAAUUUCUCGACGCAAACUCAAUACACACAUACUUGGUCAAUCGCGCAGGGCAAUGGAACACUCAGCCUGGCGCAGUGGAUAUCUCAGCCUCGACAAUGGGUGCACUGGCUGCACUCACCAUGGCUGAGGCGACGCUUAUCACGGUGCUGAAGGACGAUCCAUACCCAGCUGUGGUGCUUGAAGAUCGCAACAAGCAGAGCAAAGACUGGAUGUUCAAGAGCGUAGACAUACCAAAAGUCAGAGCGCAUUUGUUUGCACGGCUGUGUCUCGCUUCAUCUGAGCAAGCCGCCAAAGCUCAAGCCAUGCUAGGCCGAUCAUCGAAAGUCAACGAUGAUCUGCUAAAGUACGUUGAUGAUCUCAGACGGACGGCAAAAGGUAAAGCCUGUCGCUUUCUGGCAUGCGAUGCCGAGACUGGUGGAAAGACCGGAGAAGGCAUUGCGUGGCUGCGCGGCGCGAGAAAGGAGCUUGGGUUUGCUUCUCUGGCUGCAGAUGAGGAGAAGAAGUCUUCUGGUUUUUCCAAGCUUAAGAAAGGAUGGCAGGAGAAGCGUGAAGAUCGCAAGAUUGAAAAGGGUGUGGAUUGGGGCACUGAUGCAGGCAAGUUUGAAGAAGGUCGCAUUAUUGAUAUGCUAUUGAAAAAGUGGGAGAAACAAAAUGACACGGUCGGUGUCCAGCUCAUUCCGCCCUCAGAACCACUGCUGGCAAGCAUGCCUUCAGGCAGAUCAUAUCAUACCGAGAAAAUGUUUGUGAUUCCCGCGCUCGAUGAGGAUGCGCUUGUUCGUAUGAGAGCCCCGCCAGACUCUACAGAUACAUUCAAUGGCGACGAAGAUGAUAGUGCCGAUGAGGAUGACAGAAGCCCGCCUGCUGGAGCAUUUCCAGGCACGAAGUCGGAUUAUGCGGCGGGCUCAAGCUACUAUUGAGAUAAUUGCAGAUAGUCACGAAGAUGAACUCCACCUGCCACCUGUGGCACUUUCUUG